GGGGACAGGCCGGCCCAACUCGUGCUCCCCCGCGCAGGGCGGAGCCCGGGCCCGCCCGCCCGCCCGCAGGUGAGCUAGCCGGGGAGGAGCUGGUGCCAGGCUCAGGCGCCCGCGGCCGCCGCUCCGAGCCACUGGCCACAGCCGCUUUCCCCGCCGAGGCCGAGGCGCCCCGGAGCCAUGGCCGGCCAGACCCGCGGGGCCACAAUCGCACUGCUGGGGGUCCUGCUGCUCGGCGCCGUGUGCCCGGGAGCUGAAGCUUCCGAGAUUGCUCUGCCACACGGAAGUGGCAUUACGGUUCUCAUAAAACCUGGGACCCCCACGCUGCCGGUGAAACCCUGUUACAUCAUCAGUACUAAAGGACACUUAACCACAUUGACCAUCAAAUCCGGAGAAAAGGCGGUCUUUUCCUUUAACUGCCGGGACCCAGAGAAGCACUUUGUCAUCGAGAUCCAGAAGAAUAUUGACUGCAUGUCAGGCCCGUGUCCUUUCGGGGAGGUCCAGCUUCAGCCGUCAACAUCGGUGCUGCCCGCUGUCAACAGAACUUUCAUCUGGGACGUCAAGGCUCACAAGAGCAUUGGUCUAGAGCUGCAGUUCUCGGUCCCUCGCCUGAGGCAGGUCGGGCCGGGGGUGAGCUGCCCAGACGGAGUCACUUACAACAUCAGCGGCCGCAUCGAUGCCACCGUGGUGAGAAUCGGAACCUUCUGCAGCAACGGCACUGUGUCCCGAAUCAAAAUGCAAGAAGGGGUGAAAAUGGCCUUACACUUGCCGUGGUUCCAUAGGAGAAACGUCUCUGGCUUCAGCAUCGCAAACCGGUCUUCUAUAAAACGGCUGUGCAUCAUCGAAUCCGUGUUCGAAGGUGAAGGUUCCGCCACCCUGAUGUCUGCCAACUACCCGGAUGGCUUCCCUGAGGACGAGCUCAUGACCUGGCAGUUCGUCGUUCCCCCGCACCUGCGGGCCAGCGUCUCCUUCCUUCACUUCAACGUCUCCAACUGCGAGAAGAAAGAGGAACGGGUUGAAUACUAUAUCCCGGGCUCCACCACCAACCCCGAGGUGUUCAAGCUGGGGGACAAGCAGCCCGGGAACAUGGCUGGGAACUUCAACCUGUCUCUCCAGGGCUGCGACCAAGACGCCCAAAACCCAGGGAUCCUCCGGCUGCAAUUUCAAGUUUUGGUCCAACAUCCACAGAAUGAAAGCAAUAAAAUCUACGUGGUCGACUUGAGCAACGAGCAAGCCAUGUCGCUCACCAUCGAGCCGCGGCCCGUCAAGUUCAGCCGCAGGUUUGUCCCCGGCUGCUUCGUGUGUCUGGAGUCUCGGACCUGUAGCACCAACCUCACCCUGACCUCCGGCUCCAAACACAAGAUCUCCUUCCUUUGUGAUGACCUGACUCGCCUGUGGGCGAACGCCGAGAAGACCAUAAGCUGCAUGGACCACCGGUACUGCCCCAGGAGGCCCUACUCCCUCCAGGUGCCCAGGGACAUCCUCCAGCUGCCCGUGCAACUGCACGACUUCUCCUGGAAACUGCUGGUACCCAAGGACAGGCUCAGCCUGGCAUUGGUGCCAGCCCAGAAGCUGCAGCAACACACCCCCGAGAAGGUCUGCAACACCAGCUACAGCUACCUGGUGGCCAGCACGGUCCCCGGCCAGGACCUCUACUUCGGCUCCUUCUGCCCCGGAGGCUCCAUCCAGCAGAUCCAGGUGAAGCAGAACGUCUCCGUGACCCUCCGCACCUUCGCCCCCAGCUUCCAACAAGAGGCCUCCAGGCAGGGCCUGACCGUGUCCUUUAUCCCCUACUUCAAAGAGGAAGGCGUUUUCACGGUGACCCCAGACACAAAAAGCAAGGUCUACCUGAGGAGCCCUAACUGGGACCGGGGCCUGCCGUCGCUCACCUCAGUGUCCUGGAACAUCAGUGUGCCCAGCGGCCAGGUGGCCUGCCUGACCUUCCUCAAGGAGCGGACCGGCGUGGUCUGCCAGACGGGGCGUGCAUUCAUGAUCAUCCAGGAGCAGCGGACCAAGGCCGAGGAGAUCUUCAGCCUGGAGGACGAGGUCCUCCCCAAGCCAAGCUUCCACCACCACAGCUUCUGGGUCAACAUCUCCAACUGCAGCCCUGUGAGUGGCAAGCAGCUGGACCUGUUCUUCUGGGUGUUGCUUACCCCAAGGACUAUGGACCUGACUGUCAUCGUCACGGCGAUCGUGGGAGGUGGCGCCUUGCUGCUGUUUGCCCUCGGACUCAUCGUUUGCUUCGUGAGAAGGAAGAAAAAGAAGACAAGCAAAGGCCCAUCUGUAGGCAUCUACAACGGCAACAUCAACACCCAGAUGCCGAUGCAGCCAAAAAAGUUUCAGAAGGGACGAAAGGACAGUGACUCCCACGUGUAUGCAGUCAUCGAUGACACCAUGGUUUAUGGCCAUCUGUUGCAAGACUCCAACGGCUCCUUCCUGCUGCCAGAGGUGGACACCUACCGACCGUUCCAGGGUCCCACGGGGGACUGCCCUCCCUCCCCACCCCUCACAGGCUCCAGGGCCCCGACUGCAAAGCUGACCGUAGACGAGCCAUCCCCCAGCUUCCCUGCUGAGUCUGAGAGUGAACCAUAUACCUUCUCCCACCCCAACAACGGGAACACAGACAUUCCCUUGCUGGACACCCAUGAGCCCACGGAGCCUGGGGAGUAACCUGGACCCAUCCCAAAGACUUUUGCUGAAAGCGGGGCACUGAGACACCCUUUAGGGGCCUCCAGCAGAAACCCUAAAGAGGAGUUUUAUGGAAGGAACAGCAGGAGGUUUUACUGGACGCCACCAACCCCUGAUUUCCAAGCGGGCUUGUUCCGACAAUGGGACGUUGAAAGUGAUGAACGCCUACCUGCAUACAGUCGUCCCAGUCCGUAUCCUUCUGAAGCCAGGUUGGGUUGUAAACCAGCCGUAAGGAGAGGGGAGGGCUGUGAGUCACCCCGUACGAGGUGGUAAUGAGCUCUGGAUCUGGAUUUGGAACUCUUCGGGGCGACAAUAUUGAUCCCUAGGAGCCCAUCCAAGGUCCCUGCUCCCCCUGAGCCCCCUGGAUGAAAAGGACGAUGUGCCUUAUUAUUAUUAUUUAUUUGGGGGUCCUGUGUAUUUAAGAAGUCGAAGGUAUGACCACGCAGCUCUUUUCACCUGACGUAGUGACAGCUCACGCUCACUGGUUGGAUGGCUGGGUUUUCACUUCUCCCGACCACUAGAUAAACAUGUGCCUGUUCCCUG